CAUUUGGCCUGAACAGCGGAGCCAGGGACAACGUCGUUGUUCUUCUUCUCCUCCGAUUCCCUCCACAGCCACAAUUCGCAGAUAUAGAGAGAGAGAGAGAGAGAGAGAGAGAGAAUGAGUGAAGUGGGGAUGCAUUGAAAGCUCCUGCGCCGAGGACAGAUUCUCCAACCGAUCGGAUCCCGCGCUGCAAUUUGGCCGUGGCAGGUUCUGAUUUUCUCUCUCUCUCUCUCUCUCUAUUUCUUCCAUCUCUCCAUCGUCGAAGUCGUCGUGUUUUUUUACCUUCUGGGUCUUCUGGGUAGCACUCGUUCCGCGUUGAUUGGGCUCGCGGGAACAACGCCAAUCUCGUGAGCUCCGCUCUUUUCGCGUUUUCCCCUCCUGUGUUAUUGCGUUUCUUGUCGAGUCAACGCGUGAAGGCGUGGACUUUUUCUCUUCUUUUCUUGGGUUACCUCCGGGAUGGGGGCGGUGGGUUUUCUCGCGAUGAGAUCUUGUUCUGCGAAAUGGGCUGUUGAACCGACCUGUUGGCUUUCUGUGAAGAUUGUGGCUUCUGGGUUUUCAUCGAGACUGCUAGUUUUGGUGUUUUUCUUCGUCUUGGGCAAUUGUUUCAUGUUCUUUUCAGCUUUUCCUGACAUUUGUGUGUGUGUGUGUGUGUGUGUGUGUGUGUGUGUGUGUGAAAAAGAGAAAGCGAAGAUUGGGUUGCUUUUUGAGUGGUUCUACUUUUUGCUCCCAUUUUGCCAGUCUUCUCCGAGGAAUACACGCGUGUCCGACGCCACGCGGUAACUAAUUUGUUUUACUUCUUGACCUAGUCUGAGAUGGAGGCUGAGAUGGAUCGUUUUGCACGAGAAAAGAAAGAAUUACCUGAACAAGUCCGGGACCUAGAGAACCAGCUUGAGAGGGUUCACUCUGAGAGAGUGGAGGAAAUUGCAAAGCUCACUUCUGAGAAGAAGGCCCUUCAAGAUCGUCUUCAUGAUGCAGAGACUCGUCAUAGUGAAGAAUUGGAGAAAGUGGUAAAGGAAAAGGACGCCCUUGCUGUAAGGCUGAAGAUUGCGGCAGCUGGGAGGAAAAGAUCUGAUGAAGAGCCGAAGCGGUACGAGAUGGAAAAUGUGACUGGAGAAGAGAUUCAGCAGUCCCUUGAGGACGAGAUUAGAAGAUUGAGAGAAACAGUGGGACAAACUGAAGGAGAAAAGCGAAAAAAGGAGGAGCAGAUUGCUGAAUAUAAAGAACGUAUCAAUGAUAUGCAAGCACGAUUGGAGGCCUACCAGGAAUAUAUCCAAUCACUCGAUACUCAACUCCGGGAAGAAAUGUCUAGGCAUGCUCCUCUGUACGGUGCUGGUCUGGAUGCACUUUCAAUGACAGAGUUGGAGACGAUCUCGUGCAUUCAUGAAGAAGGGCUUAGGCAGAUCCACGCCAUUCAGCAACAACGUAAGGGCAGCCUUCUUAGCAGUCCUAUCAUGAGUACCCACACGCUACCGCCGCACAAUCACGGGUUGUAUCCGAACGCGCCCCCUCAAGUGGUGGUGGGGCUUCCCCCUUCCAUCAUGCCCAUUGGCGUAGGGAUGCACCACAGCAACGGGCACGUCAACGGUGCAAUGGCUCCCUGGUUCAGUCACAAGUAGAGCCCUGGAGUCAUUGCGGGAUGCCCUACCCUAUCCACCUGGGAUCUGUUUUGCAUUGAAAGUGGAGGGAUGAUGAUUUUCUGAGAGUGGAAUUUAUUUGGCAUUUUGACUGGCGGGACUGUUGGGAUGAGUUGCUGUUGAAAGGGCUGUUGUAAUUGAUAGAUAGCUGGACGGAGGGGGUAAUUAGAUUGGUGUCUGGUCCAAUGGGAGUAACAGUUAAACUGCCAUGCCUGCUUUUUUUUAAUAGUUCUUCAUAUGAUCAAUUAUAGGUUCCAACAAAUUUUGCAAAA